AUGGAAGAAAUUUUCGUCAAAGGUGGAUCUAACAUAGCGAUCAAGAAAAAAGAUCAGUACUAUUUUUUUAGGAUGUUCGACGCAAAAAUGAGCACCACAGAUAUAAAGAAAAGAUAUGAAUGGCAAGCGUAUAAAAAAUUUAUGGAUUUACCAGGGAGGUCAGAAUAUGAAGGAAUAAAAGCUGAGAACUUGAAAUACGGUGGUCAUUUUUCAAAAAUUAUCAAAAUAAACAAAAUCAAAUAUAUUUUGAUAUAUUUUAACAACGAAAGUGAUUUACUAAGAGCAAUUUAUAAAUCGACAAUGGAAGAAGACAACAUGGAAAACGGUCUGAAGAUUAAAAGUCAAGACGAACUGAUCAGCGAAAAUGGAACUUACAAAAAACGUUUUGGUAUUAACAAAUUUAAUAUCCCACAAAAACCAAAGGACGGAUUUGUUGAUGUACCUACUGAUCUAAUCUCAACGAUUCCAAGAUCUUCAGAAGAACACGAAGAGUUAGAUAAUUUGAACAACAAUUUUAAAGAAAGAUUAGAAGAAUUAAAAAUGACAACAACAGCCACGACACAAAGAAAAGGGAAAAAAAAAGUAACUGAGCUAUCGGAUGAUGAUGUUGAAGAAAAGAAAAAUGAAAACAAAAAGCGUGUAGUGCGAAAGCAGGGAGAAAGGGAAAAUUCUGAUAUAGAAUGA